UCUACGCAUCACACCAUCCUUCUUCUCAGUCCCGUCUUAAAUUUUUUUUUUGCCUUAGGCAAAAUAUAAAAUAAAGACCCUUUUAUAAAAAAAAUUCAACUUUUAUUUAUUGUAUUUCUUUUAACUAAAACAAAAAAAUUGUGGUGUUCAAAUAUUUUUUGAAAAAUGAGUUUUUGUGUGUAAAUUAGGUUUUGUUAAUGAAAAAAUGAGAAAAGUGAAAGGUAAUUUUUUUUGGUUUUUAUUGUAUUUCAGUUAGAUUUAGUUAAUCAUAGACCUUUUAAUUAUAAUUUUACCAAUUCAUAGAUAAUUUAACAAACAAAAUAGACCUACUAAAAUAACCCCAAAAAAAUUUGGACCCAUGGACCCAUGGCAAUUGCCCAUGUUGCCAUGGGGUAGAGCCGGGCCUGCUUCUUCUACUGCUAAUCAUUCCCUUCCAGAAAAACAAGUCAAAAAGGAGUCAUCUGAAUUAGAUGGUGAACCUUAUGGUCUUAUGAACUUCAGCUCAGAAACUUAUUCUCCUAAUAGAAGCACUGAAUCCAGUGGAAAUGUUAAAGAUGGUUUUGCUACAAGAAACUCAAACGAGAUGCACUGUUCUUCUUAUGAGUCAGAAGAUGACAGGAAACCACUGUCCACUCUACUAGGCUCUUGGGUUGGACGAGGCAGGAGUCGAAACAAGAACUUGCUCAACACCCGUUAUAGUAGAUUAGAUUCUUUCAGUGAAGCAAAGUCUUGUGUGUCCUAUGACUUCAGGCCUCGAAAAGAACCUCUGGAGAAUUACAUUCAUCAUACAACGGAGAAUACAUUAUCAUCUGAGAGCGAAGAUGAUUUAUCAGUAACAAUCAAAUCCAAGAGCAGAGGUGACAGGAGAAAGCAUCAGAGGAUGUGGACUAUUGAUGAAGUGGUGAAGUUGCUUGAUGGUAUCUCUCACUUUGGUCUUGGCAAAUGGACUGAUAUAAAGAACUCCUUCUUUCAUUCUGCAUCGCACCGCACGCCUGUCGAUAUCAGAGACAAAUGGCGUAAUCUACUGAAAGCAAGUCACAGAUACAGGCAUAAUGGUGAUGAAGAGGGUGAAGAAAAACGACGGUGGUCAGCGGGUCGUACUAUCCCUAAGGAUAUACUACAUAGGGUAAGAGAACUUGCUUCGCUCCACUCCAAGUCCAAGCCAUUGUGUGACGUUCAUAGCUCCUCAAGAAGCUCAAGUACUUCAAGGAAGAAGAAGAAGAAGAAAAAGUGGAGUUGAGUCUAGUUAUUAAGAUCGAUACCAAAUCAUUUGAACUGUAUUGGCCUUGUUUAUGUUCUCUUUAGGGUAUCAGUUUUAUUUGCAUCAUCUGCAAGUUGUUAUAUGAAACCGAGAAUGAAAAAGCUUUCUGAUA